AUGGAAGCCUCCAACUUCUUGCCUUCCAAAAACACCCGAAGCAGCGCUCUUGCGAGCCUCUUCCAACCUACCAUGGCCAUGUCCACAGCAUCCAAGUCCUUUGCUAUCAACGGCCCGCACACGGCAGGCCUCUUUGCAGACAUGAGUGUUGACGGCCCCAUCAUCGGCACUCUCGUUGCGAUUGUCGAUCGCGCGAAGAACUUGCCCAACCGCAAGACCAUUGGCAAGCAGGAUCCUUAUUGCGCCGCGAGACUGGGAAAAGAAGCCAAGAAGACGGCGACAGAUGUCAGAGGCGGCCAGACGCCCAAGUGGGACCAAGAGCUCCGGUUUACGGUGCACGACUCGGCCGACUACUAUCAGCUCAAAGUCUCCGUCUUCACCGACGAUAAGAAAACAGACCUCAUCGGAGAGUCGUGGAUCGACCUCAAGGGCAUCAUCAUUCCUGGAGGCGGCCAGAACGAUGUGUGGCAGACCCUGACCUGUCGCGGCAAGUAUGCGGGGGAAAUCCGACUCGAAAUCACCUUCUAUGACAGCCGGCCCAAGCCCGACAAGCCUGCCGCCAGACCGAGACAGUCCAUGGGCGGCGAGCUGGAGAACACGUCGCCUAAGCGCAAGGAAAUGGUCAAGAGGCGUCCCCUACCCACCGACCCCGUCACCGGCGAGGGCAAGCCCAUCUCGCACUCACCGUAUGGCUCUACCAACUCUCUCGGCGAAACUGCCGAGUAUGGCACUCCACCGCAGGGAAGCACUCGAUCCCGCCACGCAGACUACUUUUCUUCACACUCACCUAGCGCCCAAGGCCAUGGCUCCGGUCGUGUUGAGGGGCCUCGCCAGCCACGUCCAACACGACAGGACUCGUACGAGAGAGAGCGAGGCUAUAGCCAAAAGAUACCCGUGACGUCCUCCUAUGAGCAGCAUGACCCUCGAGGUAGCAGCUACUCGCUCGCAGGAGAAACAUAUGACAUGAAUCCUACAGAUGAUGCUGCGCAGUAUUCUCCUCACGGCGGCCCCCGACAGGCGGCUCCUCCUCCACCCGCCCACCGAUCACGGCAUAGCACUAGCCAGGAGGGUCUGCAACGGAGAAAUGAAUCGCCUCAGAGGGCUGUUCCGCCUGCGUCCAUGAGAUCUGAUGUUUUGAAGAAUGAGGCUCAUAGAAACACCACGCCAACCUACCCUGGCCGCCCACAGUUCCGGCCCUAUGACCCGAGCCUAACAGCUCAACCCCCCAUUCAGAAAGCCAUUGCAUAUGAGCCGCACAACUCUUACGAUGCCUAUGAUGCCCAAUAUCGUUCCAUGCAACCCACCGUAGAGGACGUCCCGGAAUCGCCUCCAGGCUCUAUGCGGAACAGGCCUCGGCGAAGUAUCCCUGGGCUGGAUGAGAUUGUGUAUGACGCUGGCCAGAUGCCCAUGUCGAAUGGCCUCAGUCGUUCCCCAGGAGCGUCUGCUGGUUUUCUAAGCCAAUCCCCGGGAGCUUAUCCGACAUAUCAGGAGCAGCCCAGGAAUCAAAAUUCUGUCUCCCCUCUGUCGGCGAGAGAUUACACUGAAAGUCCAGGACAGAUGACGCAGUAUUCUUACAGCAGCCAAAGCCAGCGCCCUAAUCAACAGCGCGAGCACGAGACCACCUACAUCCAGAGUUCUCCGAGCUACGGACUCCCCGCGUUGCCGCCAUCUCUGGCUCCUGGAGUAGACCCCAAUAUGGUUCAAGAGAUAUCCGACAGAGCAUACGAAGAAAGGCACUAUGAUCGAUACAAUAAUCACAACAAUCAAAUUGUAAGCACCUCUCUUCGAGACCGCCAUAGGAGCGAGCCACCACCGCCUUCACAUGAGCCAGCCUUUGGCACCUCGCCGCAGGCCUACGAAUCAUACGACAGACCAAGAUCGGGUACCUAUGGCGGUGGACCUGACCCGCAUGCGCAGGGAUAUCGAAAUGCUUCCCCUAAUCCCCGAGAUGCUUCCCCUAAUCCCCAGCAUAGGAUCCGACGCAAGUCGGUCAGCCCCGCACCUCGUUCUUCGGACAAUAGGAGGCACUCAGACAUUCCGUUCAGUCCAGACUCCUACGAAGCGUUUAACCCUGGAGUGUCUUCUAGGGAUGGAUCACCUGGGCUCGAUCCGUCAGAUUCGCCUUCCAAGAUUGUGACACACGAUGGUCGAGAAAUUGACCCAUCUGACCAUCUGCCAGAAGAGUCUUGGGCUCCUGAGCCUGAGACCAAACCUUCUCCGCAAGAGCCAGCGCAGUCUCGAACAAGGCCACCCUUGUCCGGAGCGCAGCCGAUGCCCCCGAGCGGCCGGAGACCCCUCCGAAUCAGCAUGGCGAGAACCUCACAGGCGGUAGUGCCGUCCAAUGCCUACGGCUACUCAGAAGGACCGCGUGCUCCCCCUCCCCCGGCUCAAGGUGGGCGACAGCGUCUGCAAAAGAAGACCCGUCAUUCGAUGGGACCGACAACAUCGGCUCCAAAUCCAGGCAAUUUCCAAUAUAGUUCAACACGUUCACGCGCUGGCGCGUGGGAUUAUCCAAACGACAACUACACGCCUCAGUAUAACGGCGGUCAUCAAGGACCUCCUAUUCCAGCCAAAGUGCCACUCCCCAUCAUGAGCGGCGCCAAUGGAGGGGCGGAAGAUAUGGCCCUGAUUCAGGAAAUGUCAACGAUUGACAUUGGCACGGGGCGUUCCAGACGCCGAGGAGGAUUUUGA